CAUAAAUACGCGCGAAACUAUUGUAUUACAUAUCGAUAUAAAUAUAAAACUGAUGAACAAACUUUUCAUAAUUACGUAUGUCAUUAUUCACGCCUCUCGCACAUUCUAUUUUAAAAUUCAUAUCGACAAUGAAUUCACAUUUCUAUAUUUGUUUAAAUGAUUUCAUUUACCACAAAAAUAGAUUGCUUAAAACAAAUAUCUAUUUAAACGGUGUCAUCUAUUCUGUUUUAUCACUUUGGAUCUAAGAUCUUCUAAUAUGUAAGAUCGGGAUUCGGAUUUCGGGGAUAGAUUUUUAUGAGAAAUGGCGUCAACAUCGACUAUGGAGUGCGGGGACUUUUUAGAAUUUCAGGAUGCUUUGCAAAAAAUGAGGCUAAUAGAUGACAAAAUUAUCUAUCUACUUAACACUACAAUACCUACAGAAUCAUUCAAGGGUCAAAUUGAUCCAAAACAUAAGUGUAAAGAUUUAUUCCAGCAAAUACAAACUGGUCAUUCUCAAAGAGAAAUUGCCAUUAAAAAGUGUUUAUAUUCUGUUCGUGACAGAGUGAAAGAAUUGAAAGAACUAAGAGAUUCUGGGAAAGAAGAUCCGACUUUGAUAAAAAAUUUAAGAAAAGAGCAAAGUACUUUACGCCUCCUUCAAUCAGAAUUGAAUGUUGAAGAGGUUAUUAAAAAAAGAACAACUCAAGUUUAUUAUGAAAGGUGCAGAGGCUUUUAUAAACCAGAAAAUGAAUCAUAAAAUUUGAUUUUUGAUGUUCAAAACAUAUUAAGUAAUGUACAAAAGAACUGUACCAAUAAUCCAGUGGCAAAUAGUAGACAACAAAUUUAAGAAACUAAAUAUGUUAAAAAUUAUGUAGGUAAUAUCUAUCAUGAAUUUAAAACAAAAGAUAUAUUCUUUUUUAAAAGAUCUGUGCAUUUCUCAAUCUUUGCUGGAUAUGUAAUACAUUUUUCGGAUUAAAUUAUGAUAAAUAUUACCAAUACAAUUUUUAUUUUCAAACAAAUUCUGUUGUAAAUAUAACUUAAUUAUAUCUAUAUGGAAUAUAGCUGAUUUGAAUGCAUCAUAUUUUUUUCAAAUAAUCAAGAUAAUCGGUGCU